GUGUUGGGUAGUCAGAGCAGGGCAGACAGAUGCACACAUAGUUUUAUUGUCCUCUGGAUUAGAGAAAGCUCUCGUAUUAUCGCUUGAUUCAUAUCAAAGAUCAUUGCGCACCGGAAAAAUGAGUCAUCUAAACCCAGGUCUUAUUUCAGCUUACAAUAGCUUAUCUGACAAACAUCUGACUGGAUACUUCAACAAUGCAAGAAUACGAAGACAUCUUCAGAAAGUUGGGCUGAUCUCUCGGAGCGGCCGGAUUGUUCCCGAUAAGGAGUAUAAGCACAAGCUGAUCCAGCGAGCGCAUCAGAGACAUGUGAGGGAGUGUCUAGCUCAGGCCAUCUUUCACAAGGUGCUAGACAUGGAGCGCCUUCAUCAAACUGAGAUCAAGAGAAAACUUGAGGAAUUUGCACGGAGGGAACGAAUCCACAAAAUGAAGGCUGAGCGCACCAAGAGAUAUGAGGAUGAACCAAUGCUAAUGCUGUCACCUCGGCCACCUUUAAUGCCAAAGAUCUCACACGCACGGCAUUCUGGGCCGCAGGGAGAGCAUUCCGAGUCAACAGAAUCUCCGGGUUCCUCCAGGCCAAACACAGCUCCAGGGAAGAUACAGAGGCCUGUUCGACUUAAGCCUCUAAACAGCAACAGUGCCACGGGCUCUCUGAAAAGAACGUCCCCUCGACAGAGACCCCGAGACCGGGACUCCUCCAAUGACACUGAUCAGCCCUUCAGUUAUAUGUUGGACAGAGCUGCUGUGACACAGUUGACCACGACAGACUUCUCUAGCAUGGUCUCGCCCUACCGUCUUCCUGUGAUUAACAAUUAUGUGACCCCUGUGCCGCCCCUCACAAAUAAAAAAGAAAAAGGGCCAAGAACGAAAGGCACACUCAGGGGUCGAAAGUUAAGACCCACUACGGCACCAACAGUUGUUACAGAGCCGUCUGCUCUCCAGAGGACAUCAGCCCACAGUAAAGCAUUAGUAAGCAUGGUGUACUUUGGGAAGAGUGUUCACCUGUCCCAUGAUCUGAUGGACCUCAGAGAUGAAGUGAAGGUCUUCCAGCAACACUGUGGAGGAGAGAACCUGUGUGUCUACAAAGGGAAGCUGAGAGAAGGAGAAGUGUUCCAGUUUGUGUCAAGACGCCACCAGGGAUUUCCCUUCAGUCUUACGCUCUUCCUGAAUGGCCUGCAAGUAGAUCGGCUCAGCUCCUGCUGUGAGUUCAAACACAGGAAAGGUGCUCGGCUUGGGGGCAGACAUGGACACUUCGGAUUUUGCGGUGUGGAAGGAGCCUCUCCAUGCUACAAGUGUAUUAUUGCUAUGGGCUUGGACAAAAUACCCACCCCUCCUCAAAAAAGAGUGAAAGAGGCGCUGCCAACCUCUAAAUCCUCUGAUGCUAAGGAUGCCACAGAAGUAAAUGAAGAUAUAGAAACACAUUCCAAUGCAGAGCCUGACACAUCUCAGGAAAUGGAGACAGAACCUACAACACGACAGAAAAAGACCCAAGACGUCUAUGAGGAGGACUUUGAGGCAGAUGAUGAAGGGCCAGUUGAAGAUGGUGAUGAAGUAGAGGAAAAUCCAUCCACUGCUGCUAAUGGAGGAGAAAAAGAAACUGAGACCAGGGAUGAGAAAGAGAAAAGCAACUCUGACAGUGAUGUUGCCAGUAUGUCUAAAGUCAAAAGGUCACCAUCUGUCUCAUCUGGUCGAACAUCCAGCUUGUCCAGCAGUGACAAUGACAAUAGUGAAAGGGAAAUUGUGGAGGACACAAGAGAAGUCACCACUGCUGAUGUUCCAGAGGAGAGCAUACAUGCAGAGGAAGUGAUCACAACAGCUGAGGCCAAACCAGAGGAGACAGAGGCCACAGAGUCCAGCGAUGUUACGUUGCCUCAAGCUGCAGCGGAAGACUCUGGGACACAGGAUAGUCCAGGGGAUGGCAUGGAGAAGAGCGACCUGGAAAUGUCAGAAGACACAGACAAGAAAGAGGGAGCUGAAGGUGAGCAAUCUGGGGAGGAUGCCAAACCUGAAGAUAAGCCACAAGAUAAUGAGCCGGAGAGAGGUGAGUGUCUGCAUGAAAAUAGUGCUGUGUGCCUGUCAUGAUCUUUUGUGUUUAUUCAUGAUAGUUUUUACAACAUCAGAACUGGAGGGUCUGUUUUAUGCUAUUUACAAUUAAACUAGCUGGGAUUGCUGCGAGAUAAACAAAGUGUUUAGUUACCUCACACUGCAUUUUUAAUUGAAGCUAAAGUGUCAUUUGUUGGAUGUUAAAAUACUUUCUACUAUCCCAGCCUAAUAUGCAGAGACAUCUGUUUUAACAUUUUUGUUUAUUGUCACAACAGGCACAGAAAUUACACAUUUCAUUAUUAACCUAUGAGCAUCUUUUAUUACUCUAAUAUUAUCUGAAAAACUUUACUUACUUUCACCUGAGGAGAGGAUAAAGACAUGUACAUGCCCUCACUAACUACUCAAGUUCUGAUUGUGUUAAAAGCAGAACAUAUGUAACAUGAUUAUUUGUCUAGACCACUGAGAGCCCAGUUUGUUAAACUCUAUGUGGUCUUGCAAACAGCACUGUAUUGAUUGGUUUGUGUCAUCAAAUGUGUUUUUGAUAGCAUGAUAUGUGUGUUUCCAUAAGCAUUCUGCUCUGUAUAAAAUGAUCUGUCUUGACUUUCACAAUUCAUCAAGAAUGUUCAGACUUAUUUUUGAGCUACUUAUAUUUCAUAAUAUGACAAGUGCACUGCAAAGCAAUGUUAGCUCUUGUGGAUUUGAUGCUGGGAAUACAGAGCAGUGUUUUCUAUUUGUGAUUUUGUGUUAAGUUUCUGAUUUCAAUGUGUGUGGAUCAGUGUGCAUCUAACCAUUUUUGAUUUGUUUUUUGUCACACAUGAUUUUGCUUAAUUGGUACACUUUAAGUUUUGUGUAAAAUACAUGUGUAUUCUCAUCAGAGAUGGUUAUGGAUCCUUUUUGGACACCCGUCCUGUGUGAAAGUAUUUAAGUGAUUGUUCGCUGCAUGAAGUGUUUGCUGUGUUUGUGGUAAUAAACUUU